AUGGCGGAAGAGAAACAGUUUCCCGACGUUCCAGGGCUCACGGCCGAUGUGCAGUUGAAGCCGCAUUUGAAACCGAGCCACAGACCGCCUGGGGUCUACACCUUGCCAACCUUUAAAGAAAAUUGCCUCCAGACCGGCAUGCCUUCUUCCACCAGAGUCAAGGCUAAGCCUCCGCAUUGCGAUCACUUCGGAGGAUUGCGAAGAGCAUCCUUGAGCUCAGCCGAGGCCCAGUCCAUCCCGUUCCACACUCUUUGGGUUCUCGGGACACUGUUAUCAAAAAACUCGGACGGAGUUUUACUUGGUCGCAUCACUGUCGCAUCACUAGUACUAACAGGGAGCUUGUGGAAAUGGCAUCUGCUCAUCUCUUUUGGCAAUGCUCCGAGUGUCGACAAUGUGCCAACAAUGGUGUUCGCAGGUGCUUCAAAAACAGAGCCCGGAAUUCAUCUGGAAUGUGGCCUGGACAAUCUCGGAAUAAUUGAGCUUGACCACAUGAGGUGGAGAGAGGUGCGCGCCUCCUUCAGCACAGCGGUUCUGGGGAUGCCCAAACACCUGACGACGAAAUCUGGCCUCGUGUGGAUUCGCAUUCUGUCGUUGACACAUUUGCGCCGCAGCAGCAUUGAUGCGGCCCCUGCCGGCCCGCAAAGCUGUGAGGAACACAAGUUCAUCACAUGCGGGGCGGAACUGCCGGGGAGGCAGGUGACGGAGAGCCAAACACUUGACGGGGCAGUGGCCGUAGCAGUGGCCACGAACGUGUCGAGCAUGAGCAUGGUAACGCCAUGCAACACCUGGUUGCGUAGUUCGGGCUGCGGUGGCAUUGGCAAGCUCUGCUUAGCUUCCGAAGUUGCAUCCGUUUGCAGCGCGGAGUUUUCCGUCUCUUACGGAACACUGUCGUUGAACCAAAGGUUCAGGUCCGACACCUUCGCCGAAGAGGACUUGCCUUCGGAAUUCGACAUGGACGAUGCAGAAAUGGGAGUCUCGAACGGCCACCUGCUUGAUGAUGAUGCCACCGAGGCGUUCGAUGGCAUUGCCGAAGAAAUCAAGAAGGACUGCUCGGUUCUGCGUUCAGGCAACGCCCCCUGGCUGUUGUGGCGUGUUGUCGACAUAGUCGUGGACGACAUGCAGCCGAUUCUUGCAGCGUUUCGUGCGCGAUUACAAUGGUUCACAGCUCACAUUGCACGGCGCCGUGCCAAAUCAGACAACGAUGUCGAGAAGAGGCUUCUCUGGACUCGAGUUGAGCUUGAAUGGGUACAGCGGAAGGUUCGCCCGAUCAGCCGCGUUGUUAGGCAGCUGAUCAACGACAAGACAAUUGUCGCGGACGUCACACAGUACCUGGAGGAUGUUGAGGACCAUCUUGAAACAUACAGCGAAGAGAUCAGUCGCAGCAUUGGGGUCUGCGACUCUCUGAGGGAUCAGGUCCGCAGCUUCCGCGACCGUGAGCAGCAGGGCGUGGUCUAUGUUCUUGCCUUGGUGACAACGAUGACAACCCCAUUGCAGCUUUGCUCGCGGCAGAAGUCCUUUGAUUGUUUGUGCAACCGCGUAGCCGCAGCCGCGCCAAGGCAGCUUCUGGCAUCCAUGUACGGCAUGAAUUUCAUCGAUGACAGCGGGAAGCCUGUCGUACCAGGUCUCGGCAGGCUUGAAAAGCAGCGUGGCUAUUGCCUAUUCUGGGGCAGCUUAGCUCAAUCUGAUGCUACUGCUAGAGGGUUGUGUUGUGCUGGCUUGGGAGGUUGCUGA